UCCACUUUGUUUGUCCUUUCUCAGAGUCUCCUGAGUUUGUCAAAAUGCCUCGGCUCCUGAGAGAUGUCCUCUGUGUAAUCGAGACAUUCCACAAGUAUGCCAGGGAAGACGGUAAAGAGGCGACGUUGACCUGCAGAGAGCUGAAAAGGGUCUUUCAGGGAGAGUUUGGGGACAUUCUUCAGCCACGUGUCAUUCAUGCUGUAGAAAGAAACUUGAAUCUUCUGACUAUUGACAGUGAUGGCACCAUCGGUUUUGAUGAAUUUGUUCUUACAAUCUUCAACUUGUUGAACCUCCAUUAUCUUGACAUACAAUCAUUACUAAAUUCAGAACCUAGACAAGGGUCUAAACCAGAAGAGAAGCCAGAUGAUAUGAAUCUCCAGGCAACCGGCAGAACUGGCCAGCCCACAGAGGCAACUCCACCAACUCAAGAUAAAUUAGUGCUUCCUUUGGGACUAGUGUCAUCAGCUCAGCUCAGCCCUGAGGAAAGAGAAUACAACAGGGUGGAACCACAGGGAGACACCAAGACUCACAAACUGCCAGGAGAAGCAUCUGGGCACAAUGACCCUAAGAACCAACACCUGGAAGGAGAUGGACAGAGUCAGGAAGUGACCCAAAGUAUAGCAUCAACAGGAGACAAAGGGGCUGAAAAUGAGACCAAUAAGCCAACAGCAGGAUCAGAACAGAAGGGCAGUCCCACAAAGGGGGAGGAGGGACAGGAUAAGGAGAUUCCCAAGGAAGAAGAUAAGCCAGCCAGGGAGCAAAGUGACACUAAGACAAGAGAUCAGAUUGGAGAUCAGGAAGAGAACUUGGGAACCCAAAGUCCUCCAUCAGAAGAAACAACACAGAGACCACCUGAAGAUCAGAGAGUUGCAGCAGAAAAGGUUGUUAAGGAACACUCUCAUGCACAAGAACAGCCACUACAAGGAAAAGAUAAACUGAGUUCCGAGGGCACAGACCUGCCAGAACAAACUGAUUCCAAGGAUGAUAGGAGAACAGUUGAGACCCAAGAGCCUGGAAACAAUGCUGACAGGACACCACCAGAGACAAAGAACGCAGCUGAACCAGAGGGUGAUGGCAGAACACCUGAGACCCAAGAACCCCCAGCACAAGAAAAAGAACAUGAAACAAACAACUUGUCAGUCCACGAUGAUGGCAGAAAUGUUUCAGGAACACCUGAUGUUAGAACUGAAAAGAAAGAGGGGAGAGGCCCUGAGGCCCAUGAAAUAGUAGGGAGGGAAGAAAGCGAAAGAAAGUCUCAGCCACCAGCCCUGGAAGAGCAAGCACAGGAUGGCAAGUAUCCCAGAUGGGAACUCCAGGAAUCAGCAAAAGAAAGGGAUGCUGGAGAAGGUUCCAAGACACAAGAGUUAAGCUCAGAAGGAGGAGACCAGACUCAUCCUGAAAUUGAAGCAGCAGUCACCCCAGGAGAAGAGGCAAGACACCCAGAGGGAGGGACAGCAGAAAUACUUGUGAGCAGCAAAAAUGCCCCUACAGCAGGAGCAAGAGAAAGAAUAUGGGAGUUGUCACCACUUGAGAACAAGUCCGGAGAAGAAAAUAAGAGAGUCACCAAGACUCAAGACAAGCUUGUCAAGGAGGAGGAUGGUUCCCAGGGGGAAGAUCAGGAGCCAACAAUCACACAGAAGGAUAAAGGGUCUUCUGAAACCCCCAACAGCCUGACUCCGGAGGAUGGGGACAGCAGCUCAGAGACAAGUGACCCGCCUAUGCAAGGGGAUCCCAAGAGUCAAGUAGACUCACAUGAAGAGUCUGUGCAAGGAAGUCACAAUAAUAACCCAGACACCCAGAAACAGGUAGCACUGGAUGAGAAAAACAGAACUCAGGAGGCAGUCAGAGGAGAGGAUGAGCAGCUCACCGAGGAACAAGAACCUCCUGAAGGCAAAGAGCACAAGAUUCAGGGCUCGGGGACUAAAGGCCCAGGUCCAACUGUGGAGCCCAGUGAACACCCAGAGGCACAGACACACCUUGAAACCGAGAAACUUCUCACAUUGGAGGAAGAGGAUAAAAGCACCCAAGAGCUGGCAGGAGAACAAAAUCCAGUCCCUGAGUCAGGCCUUGAAGAGAAGACUCAGAGAAACGAAGAGUCCUAUUCAGCAGGGAGCAGUACAGUCUAUUCCAGUCCACUGUACAAGUACCUGCAGGAGAUUCUGCAGCAAACAGGCCUAAUCAAAGAGGAGCAUCAAAAUCAAGUAGACAGCCAGGGUAUAAGCCUCUGCAAUCACCAGCUCAGCAAUGAGAUCUCAGAUUUUCCUUUCUUUUCCAAUGACAGCUAAGCAUUACAAUAGUACACCAGGAGCUUCUGCCGUAAGGAUUCUGCUGACGCACAACAAACAUCAGCUCCCCAGGCCUUGGAAGAUGAGCAAAGCCACCCUCAGAGAGAGGAACGACCACAAAGGAAGGUGAACACCACAAAGCAAUGAAUCCUUAUCAUUAUCCCAGGAGAACUUCAUACAUCUCAACAUGUCUCAAAAUUCUUUCCUUUUGAUCACCCUCAACACACACAUGCACACAUUCAGAUGCAGAUUAAUAAUCCUUUAAAUUUCUUUCCUAAGUUUUUACAAGAGCAAAUAAUAAAGUAUUCAGCAGAAUAAUACAAAUAAUAAAGAGAGCUACUACCAAAGAAAUGUCACACUAAACAAACAUCCUAUCACAUGAUGCUAUUGCCAAGUGCUAAAAUGGGCUUUGUCAAGAGAUAAUUUAUCACUAUUUACCUGUCACUAAAAAUGGAAAAAUCCCCUUCAUAUUUUUAACAGGUGCCAAUUUCUUUAAUUGAUUAAUUGGCUUUUUAAAAUGUGGCAAUAGGACAUAUGUGACUCUACAAUACUAUCUUAUCAUCAUAAAAUAUCAUUACUCAUAGUUGUAGAUAAUUCUGUUUCAUGAUAUUUUUCACACAGAUUUUAAGUUUAUUCUAAAAUGUUAUCCCUCGAAAUAAUUUCAGAUAUCUCCAUAACUUAAAAUAAUUGUGAUAUCUAGCAUCCAAUUAGAGUAGAUUUAUGACUUUCUUUACUAAUGUCCAGUUGCAACUAAAUCUAUGCUACACAUUCAUUCAUUCAUUUAUUCAUUCAACAAACUUUUAUUAAAUCCCACUUCUUACCCAGCCUUUUAAUAGUUUCUGGCUCUAAUAAGCAAUCAGAAUAAUUAUAAAGCGGAAAGAGAAUACAAAUCUAAGGUAUGCUUGAUUCCACAAGAAGAUCUUAUAAUCAACCAUCCACUAAGUCUACAAAAUGUUUAUCCAUACGGUUUGC